CCGAAAUAAAAUUAUUUACGCCAAAAAUGAGAUUUGCAAGCACAAUGUCUGAAGUAACAGAGGUUUCAUCAUCUAAGUGUUUUGAUGGAUACCAGAAAGUGUUCAGACACUCCAGCAGUGAAUUAAAGUGUGACAUGAAGUUUUCUGUCUAUUUGCCAAAUGGUACCCAAUCAGGCAAAACAUAUCCAGUUUUAUAUUGGUUAUCUGGUCUUACUUGCACAGAAGAAAACUUCAUCAUAAAAUCAGGCUUCCAACAGUAUGCUUCAAAACAUGAAAUAAUUGUUGUGGGUCCAGAUACCAGUCCACGUGGGUGUAAAAUUGAAGGAGAAGAUGAAGACUAUGAUUUUGGAACUGGAGCUGGAUUCUAUGUGGAUGCCACUGAACCUAAGUGGAAAAAUAACUACAGAAUGUAUUCAUAUGUCACAAAAGAACUUCCUGCUGUAAUUGAAAAAUCAUUUCCUACUAAUGGGAAAGUGUCCAUCAUGGGGCACAGUAUGGGAGGUCACGGUGCCUUAAUAUGUGCUAUAAAAAAUCCUGGCAUGUUCCUGAGUGUAUCUGCAUUUGCUCCUAUUAGUAAUCCUAUUGACAGUCCAUGGGGGCAAAAGGCAUUCACUGGUUACCUAGGUUCAAAUCAGAAUUUAUGGAAGGAUUAUGAUGCCACCGAGCUAGCCAAGGAAUAUGCUGGACCAUCAUUGGAUAUCCUCAUAGAUCAGGGUACUGAAGAUCAGUUUUUAGAGAAACAGUUGAAGCCUGAACAUUUUACUGCUGCUUGCAAAGGAACAAAGAUAAAGCCAGACUUAAAAAUGCGUCACGGGUAUGAUCAUAGCUUUUACUUCAUUUCAACAUACCUAAGAGAACAUUUUGAGUAUCAUGCUAAAAAACUAUGCUGAAGCAAGCUAAGAAAAACUUUGCAAAAACACUAUGCAAGUGCCAUUUUUGUUACAGAAAAUGAAUCAUAAAAAACUUACCUUUUGUACUUCAAAUAAAAUGAACCUUUUUACAUA